GCGGCUCGGGGGCUUCAGCCCCGACUGGCAACAGCUGCCCGCAGUGGGGCGCACGGGGAACCGGGGUGCCGUGCCGAGCCUAGGGCAGCCCCGGGACACCGGUGGGGCCGGGCCAGGAGCGCAGCCGAGACCCGGACCCGCUCCCUCCCGCCCGGGGAGCCGCCCGCUCCCCUCUCACCUCCGGCCCCGCAGCCUUCGGCACAGCAGCCCGGGCCGGUCCGCAGCCACUCCCGGCGGCGGGGUCGGGGAGGUUUCCAGCGGGACACCCCGCACCCCGCUCCCGCCGUGCCACUCCCGCCCCGCCGCCGGCCGCUUUCGGUUUCGCUCCGGCGCCCACCUGGGCUCUGCAGGUCGGGGCGCGCCCGGACCCGGGGGCAGAAGAGCGCCUUGCCGGGGUCACCGACUCACGCCGGCGGAUGAUGAGAUGUACCAGCGGACGCGGGUGAUGGUGCUGGAGCCGGAGUCCCCCAACAUCAUGUUCAUCGAGGGCUACAGCACUCGCGGCUUCACCAUCAGCGGAGACGUGGUGGUGGGGCCCUGCGCCGUGCUGCCCCGCAGCAUCCUCCAGUGGAACGUUGGCUCCCACCGGGACAUCUCGCACGAGAGUCUGUCGCUGUUCCGGCUGCUGGAGCCCCAGAUAGAGAUCCUGGUGCUGGGCACAGGGGACAGGGUGGAGCGGCUCCACCCCGCCACGCUGAAGCAGAUGCGGGAGUGCGGGAUUGCUGUGGAGGUGCAGGACACGGCAAAUGCAUGUGCAACCUUCAACUUCCUAAUGAAUGAAAGGCGCUUGGUGGCUGCUGGGCUCAUCCCCCCACGGGGCACCAACGGGAUGUAGGCACUGCGUGCCUUGCCCAUGGGCUGAGCAGUUCUUCCCCUGCCUGCCUGAAGCCCCCGAGGGUCACUGCUCUCAACUGAGAAACGCUGCAUAGUGAACUGUGGAGCUGCCGGCUGGGUGAUGGCUCUGCAAACAGGAGGGCUGUGAAAUACACGGGCUUACCUCUUCCCUGCA